UCUGGAGCCACAUCACUUAGAAUCUUAAAAUCUGUUAAGUAUUUUUGUUAUUAUUAUUAAGAACUAUGGGAGCCACCAGUCCAGAAAAGGGCUAGGGAGGGGCCUUCUAAAGGAUAUUCAUUAGAAAGCUUGCUCAGGUGCCACAGGGAGAAUACACAGGUUCAGACAGAGUGGCAGAGUGCCAGGAAAGAAGCAGCUACGUGUAGUACAGGCCAGAGAAUCUGGCUGAGUUAAAGAACUGGGGAUGGGUGGUGUGGAAUGGAGCUUUGAAAUAAGGAGCAAGAAUUCAGUCCUAAUUUGCAAAAGUGCCAAGGUGGAGGGAGCUGGAGUAGAGUGGAGAGUUAGGAGUGAGAGAGCCGAGGGCGCAAUCCUGGAGAGCAGCAGGAAUUUAGAAGGAGAGAGAAGUAAGAACAGAGGGACCAAAAGGGAGUCACCCCAGAGAAGCACUUAGCUAGAGGACAAUGGCUUUAGUGUUAAAGCUGGAAUCACAGACUUUUUGUAGAGUCCUUCCAAGGCUGUCUAUAUUACACAGUCUAUAAAAUGCAAGAGACAGACUGGAGUGGGCCUGGGGUUACAAACAGCAUUGAAGACAGCUUCCUCCAGGCUGAGGGCAAACCCGGGAUGAGCUCAUCAGUGAACUUCACUUCUUCUCCUUUGCCCCAAAUACCUGUCUUAACAUUUUCCUUUGUUACUUGUUUUCUUUCAGUGGUGGGAUGAAGCUAGGGUCUUCCCCAUGCUAGGUCAGUGCUCUACCUCUGAGCUAUAUCCCUAGCCCUCUCUUUACUAAAGAAUAAGCAAUCAGGGAAUACCAGCAAAGCCCAUGAAACUUUGAGGUGAGGUAGUAAGGGGCCUGCAUAGUUAAAUAUGCAACAACUUCAAAUUGGCUGCCCAAGAGUGAUCCUUCUCCAAGUGUGCCCUCCCCUGCCAGCUCCCAGGAAAGUGAUGGCAAGUUUUGCUGUCUCUUGUUCUCAUUAGGAACUUAAUCUGAAAAUCUUUGUUGCUCAGUGAAGGAUUUAGACUUGGGAUUUCACUACUGGAAAAGGCUUGAGAUUUCUUUUGGGCCACCCGCUCUGCUUGAUGUUUUCUGGCUUGAUUUGGCAUCCUUGGAACUUGACACUUUUCCUGCAAGAAAGCAGAAUACCUAUUUCAAUCAGCCUGGAGGCACUCUGGGCAGUUUCCAAAUAGUAUCAGAACUCUAAAGUGAAUUUAUGUCUUGAAAGUGCUUGUCCCCAUACCUUACCCAAUAAAGAGGACACAGCAGAUAUGUUUUGUUUUGUUUUGUUCCAUUUUGCCCAGCUGUUUUAAGCCUCAGCCAGAUUCUCUCAGCUUUGGAGAGGCAAACGAGCUUCCUUAAAACAGGAUUUCAAGGUCAACCAUAGAUUUAAAGAUUAAUGCUCAGACAACAUGUUUUCUUAUUGUUAAUGAUUACAGCAGAUUUACACCAGAAGCCUUGCUGUCUGACUGCCAGACAUUUGAUAUGAACUUGCUUCGGUAACACCUCUUUUCUGGGAAUAGUGAGGCCAGUGUUGAUUGUGCUGCCUCUUACUAAUGCAAAGAAGAGGAAAAAUAAACAUGUACACUUGCUUUCCAAAGCUAGUGGAUUGUUACUCAAGAAAAAUAGUCUGUAAUUUAUCAAAGACCAGGCUGUUGCACUGGGGAACUUUUUCAGAAUGUAUUGUCUCAAGUAGUCUUUGUUUUCUCCUGGUUUCCACUCAUGGUGGGUUCAUGAAUUAAUAUUUAGAGAAAGGAAACAAGCAGAGAAACUUCUCCAACCAAAGAUGCUCUUGCACCCCUGGCCAGUUCUAAGUUCCUAGAGCAGGCACUGACCAAAUACCUGGUAAAACUUGAGCCAGAACUAAGCCCAGUGGCCACAAAACAACAUCAGUAGCAACAACAAACCCCACACAACUGGGGGCGGGCUGGAGGAGGCUUAUAUAAACUGUCCUGCUGGUCGGUGCUGUUUCUGACACCUACUUCGCUGGGCUUUCUAGGCUCCACACGGCACCUCUCUCGCCCCCUACCGGAAAGAAAAAGCAAAUGUUUCGACACUAAAGGGCGACCAAAGGGUCACGUUGCUCCAACCCUAUACUUAGGGAAACUUUAAGGCCAACUGAGCAAAGAUUGUGUUUUUCUCUCUUCAAAGUCUUCCCUGCACUGUCUUGUAUUAAGUAUCACAAAUGAUUGAAUGCGAGGUGUUCCUUUUCUUGAUCUGAAGAAAAAAGGACUAGCCACCCUAAAAAGGGAGGGGCUUUGAGGGAAUGCAGGACUGAAGACCUUGGCUGCCCGGCGCCAGAGAUGAUGUCACCACUUCUGCACAAGAGGCUGGGGGUGGAGCAGCAGAGCUGGGAGCCGACUCUGAGCUCCCAGCUGCCAAGGCUGCUGAGCCCACGUCAGGGGACGAGUUUGGAUAAAUAGAGUCCCGCAAUGGCCGUGUCCGGCUACGUUCCGAGCUGCGGGGUUCAAGACUGGAGCUUCCUGCGCGGGUCGGUGCUCUGGAGGCUGAGUGCUGGCACUGCUGGUGCUCGGUGCGCCCAGAGGCGAUCUGCAGCCAGAUUCCAGAACUCCCUAUCGGUGCGUACUGGCAGAAAAGCUCACCUGCUGCUCCUACGUGAAGAGAUAGGCAGAGCUGGGAGGCUUGAAGAGAAAGGUCUUUCUGUCAACAUCAGCUCCGGAGGACAGUGCCAUGCUCCUCUCCAUCCUGGUGGCUUUGUGCCUGUGGCUGCGCCUGGCGCUGUGCGUGCGCGGCGCACCUUGCGAGGCUGUGCGCAUUCCCAUGUGCCGGCACAUGCCCUGGAACAUCACUCGGAUGCCCAACCACCUGCACCACAGCACGCAGGAGAACGCCAUCCUGGCCAUCGAGCAGUACGAGGAGCUGGUGGAUGUGAACUGCAGCUCGGUGCUGCGCUUCUUCCUCUGCGCCAUGUACGCACCCAUCUGUACCCUGGAGUUCCUACACGACCCCAUCAAGCCCUGUAAGUCUGUGUGCCAGCGCGCACGCGACGACUGUGAGCCCCUCAUGAAGAUGUACAACCACAGCUGGCCAGAGAGCCUGGCCUGCGAUGAGCUGCCCGUCUACGACCGUGGAGUGUGCAUCUCUCCCGAGGCCAUAGUCACUGACCUUCCGGAAGAUGUGAAGUGGAUAGACAUCACACCAGAUAUGAUGAUGCAGGAAAGGCCCUUUGAUGCUGACUGUAAACGCCUGAGCCCUGAUCGGUGCAAGUGCAAAAAGGUGAAGCCAACUUUGGCAACAUACCUGAGCAAAAACUACAGCUAUGUUAUUCAUGCCAAAAUCAAAGCCAUCCAGAGGAGUGGUUGCAAUGAAGUAACAACAGUGGUGGAUGUAAAAGAGAUCUUCAAAUCUUCCUCACCCAUACCUCGAACACAAGUUCCCCUCAUCACGAAUUCCUCCUGCCAGUGUCCACAUAUCCUGCCCCAUCAAGAUGUCCUAAUCAUGUGUUACGAGUGGCGAUCAAGGAUGAUGCUUCUUGAAAACUGUUUAGUUGAAAAAUGGAGAGAUCAACUUAGUAGAAGGUCCAUACAGUGGGAGGAGAGGCUGCGUGAACAGCAGAGGACAGUUCAGGACAAGAAGCGAACAGCCAGCCGCACCAGUCGCAGUAACCCUCCCAAGCCAAAAGGAAAGCCACCUGUUCCCAAAGCUGCCAGCCCUAAGAAGAAUGUCAAAGCGAGAAGUGCCCCCAAAAAACCAAACCCAAAGAAAAGCACGAGCUAAUUGCUUUCCGAGAUGGAGCCACACAUACAGGAUUAGGCAGUACUGCCCCGGACAGGCUACAGAGAGCCACAAGCCACUUGCCUUAAGGAUUCACUGCAGUUCUCUUCAUAGACACACCUUACAGCACUUUUUUAAAUGAUAGCUUCACUUUUCCUCUUUAAGCACACAGCCCUGUUGGUGGUUGGUCCUCUAGUAUGGAAGAUGCUAGAGGGAAAGCUGGUAUACAGGAUUUUGCAUUCAGAGGCAUGUGCACAUGCUCUGUGUGACCUUCAUGGGCUGGGAAAUUUGCUUCUGUUUUGAGAGUUUGACCUAAUAUGUACAUUGUAAAGUUCACAUACUAUGUGAUCUAUUAAAUGUGAUUGAAAAUAUGCAGGAGAAUGAUACUUAAAAGAUCUUCAUGUAUUUGGUGUCUGCAGAAAGAUUUUUCUGAUGAAUGGAGUAUUGAAAAAUUUAGAGAUAUGGGAAAUAAUAAUGUGUGUUUAUCAAACUUUCUGCUGUCUUCAGCUAGAAACUGAAAACUACGCCAACAGUGACAAAUUAAAAGGAAAGGCAGACUGACAA